UCUAGCGCACGAUGACAGAUGAUAGGUGCCCGGCACAUCCGCAGCUGCCGUCCAGAUUGCAAGCAAGGGCUUAUCAGUGUAUCUGGUGACUUGGUGGAAGCGACCGUGGAAUAGUUAGGUAUAUAAUUGUGAUGCCCACCGGUUAAGAAGGACUAAUAUUGUGUUUUCAUAUUCUCUAUAUCCGUGUGCAUUCCAUUUACACACUCUUCACCCUUCGAGAUGACCGGCACAAUAAACCCUCCCAACCCAGUAAUGGAGCAUUACUCCAACCGCAUCGUCCUCACAACCUACCCCAACCAAAGCGUCGCCAACCCGAUCCCUCUAACAUGGGGCGCCGCUACACCCACGGAGCGCGGUCCCGUGAUCGUCUCACGCUCGAAAAACACCCUCAGCAAGCGCAACGCGAUCGGCGCCCACGGCGGCAGCUACGCGAUCUACGGCGCGCUGGCCAUCGCCUCGGGGGCGCUUGACCCAGACUUCCGGCCCAACUUCCUCAACACGCAGCCGACGUUCAACUUCCCGCCGCAGGCCGCAUGGGGGGACAAAACGAAGAUCGUCUCCAUGGACCCGUUCGGCCACGACAUCGUCAAGCACUACAGCCAUCACAUCGAAGCUGGGCUGGACGUCCGCCCAACCAUCGCGGUGACGCGCGCCACGAUGCGCGUCUCGGAGGUCAGCGAAGCGAUCAAGCUCGGCCGGCUACCUAUCGACGGGAACAUCGUGCUGAACGGACAGGGCGACGUGCGCGUGACAAAAGUAGCCGUCGAGCCGGUGUGGUAUCUGCCCGGGGUAGCGGCGCGGUUUGGCGUGGACGAGGUGCUGCUGCGACGGGCGCUGUUCGAGCACACGGGCGGCAACUAUCCGGAGCUGAUCACGCGGCCAGAUAUGAAGGUGUUUUUGCCGCCGAUCGGCGGGCUCACGGUGUAUAUCUUCGGGCCGCCGGAGAAGGUGUCGGAUCCGAAUAUAAAACUGGCGCUGCGGAUCCACGACGAGUGCAACGGGUCGGAUGUGUUCCAGUCGGAUAUCUGUACGUGUCGACCGUAUCUGGUGUUUGGGAUCGAGGAGGCAAUCAAGGAGGCGCAGAACGGCGGGUCCGGGGUGGUGAUUUAUUUCCGGAAGGAAGGGCGCGCGCUGGGUGAGGUGGUUAAGUAUUUGGUGUAUAACUCGCGGAAGCGUGGCGGUGAUACGGCGGAUCAGUAUUUCCAGCGGACGGAGAAUAUUGCGGGCACGAAGGAUAUGCGCUUCCAAGCCCUGAUGCCGGAUAUUCUGCACUGGUUGGGGAUCACCAAGGUGGAUCGCAUGCUUUCCAUGUCGAACAUGAAGCAUGAUGCUAUUGUGGAGCAGGGGAUUCCGAUUCUCGAGCGGAUUCCAAUCCCGGAUGAAAUGAUUCCUGAGGAUUCGAGGGUGGAAAUCGAUGCGAAGAUCCACUCGGGCUAUUUCACAACGGGGAAGCAGUUUACUGAGGAGGAGUUAAAGCAAGUGAAGGGUCGUGGGUGGGAUGCAUGGGAGGAUGUUACGCACUGAGCGCAUGAGAAAUGGAAACAAGGGAUUAGAUUUGGGCUUUAUUCGAAGUAAAUUUGUACUUGACAUGAAUAAGAAC